GGGACGUCAUGCCGAAGCCACACACGGAGAUACGUUCUUCCCUGCCGGCCACCGCCCAGAAGUACCGGUGAGCCGCGUGACUCGGAAGCUUGUGUCGUCUGCACCCAUUCUUACGCGCCACACACAUCCACCACACCAGCAACGUGUCGGCUUAAAUCCCCACAGCGACGGCACUGCCCUUGCGUCCCGUCUGCCGUCCAUCUGUGUCUGUGUCGUGCACAAGCUCCUACACAAAUUGUGCCCGCAAUCGUCAUGGCCAGCACCCAGGCACGCGGCCGGCAGCCUCUGCUGGCUUCGGAACGGAUCGCAUGCAUCCAUCUACUUACAUGUCAAGAUGCCGGGUGA